AUGUGCGAUCCUUCUCUUCCUUUUGAGAAAUCUGACCAUAUGAUACUAAAUGUCGAUCGCCAGCCUGCAGUUUGUCUUAAACUAGUAGCUGCCGCUAUCAAUGAUCUUAAGGAGACAUCAGCACCUGGUUUGGAUAAAAUUUCUCCAAAGCUACUGAAAAUUAGUUGUGACCAUUUUGCACCUUGUCUUUCCAAUAUAAUACAACAAUCCCUCGACUGUUGCCGAGUACCACCUGCCUGGUUACUUUCAGUCGUUAUACCUGUUUACAAAAAAGGCGACAGCGAAAGUCUGUGUGGGAAUGUUAAGAUCCUUGGUGGGGUUCCGCAGGGCUCAGUAUUAGGGCCCCUCUUGUUUUUGUUGUAUAUCGCUGAUUUACCAACUCACUUCUCCUCUACCAUUUCAAUGUUUGCUAAUGAUACUAAAUUAUAUGUCAACCCGCCUACUAAUUACGCCCAGCUUACAAAAGAUCUAGAGGCUCUCAAAGCAUGGUGUUCCGAUUGGCUGCUACUUUUAAAUUCUGACAAAUGCACGGUUCUCCAUCUGAGUAAGAAUAACCCUAUGCUUAGUUACAACAUUGCGGGAGGACCUUUAACUGUAGUGGAUUAUCAAAACGAUUUAGGUAUUAUUAUUUUUUCCGACCUCAAAUGGAAAUUGUCUCGCCGCUCUUUUCGUAAUUCUACUCCCUCCACUGGUGCUAAACUGUUUCGGAUGUACUUUAGGCCAAAAUUAGAGUUUGCCGCUCCAGCCUGGUCGCCGUAUUUUGCUAAGGACAUUAGCACUUUGGAGCGAGUCCAGCGAUGGGCACUAAGCUGGCUCCUGUUUUUUAGACACAGACCGUAUGAGGAACAGUUAUCUAUUAUGAAGUUCCUGUAG